AUGCUCGGGCGCCAACCACGCCACAAUCAACUCAUGUUGGCUGCGUCGAUGCUCACGAAUCUCGCCGAGUGUUCAUCGAAUCGAACUGUCACGGAAGUCUGCGUUUCGUUCGUGCAGGGUUUUCCCCAACUCACUCUGCUUCCUAACAAUACCGGUUACUCUUCUAUCAAUGAAGGAUAUUUCAGUGCGGAAGAGUGGCUCGGUCCGGCUUGCAUCUUCACACCCGACAGCCCGCAAAGUAUGGCAACUGCAGUGCAGAUACUGGCACAAUCUGGGGGCCAAUUUGCGGUGCGCGGAGGCGGGUGGAUGCCCAUACUAGGCGCUGCGAACAUUGAUUCAAACGGAAUCUUGUUGGCCACCACAAACCUAACGGGCCUUCAACUAGCCGACGACCGCAAGUCGAUCUCGGUAGCGUCCGGUCAUAAUUGGGCAGACAUAUACAACUACCUGUCCCCAGACGGUUUGGCAGUUGUGGGUAGUCGCAUCGGCGUCGUCGGGGUUCCCGGAUUCAUGUUAGGAGGAGGAAUGUCCUUCUUGGGCAACCAGUAUGGAUGGGCGUCAGGGAAUGUUGUGGGCUAUGAGGCUGUUCUAUCCAGCGGGUCUAUCGUGUACGCCACCUCGACGAACGAAUACUCUGAUCUCUUCUGGGCACUUCGCGGAGGCGGCAACAACUUCGCCAUUGUCACGAGGUUCGAUCUCAAGACAUACGAGAUUGAGAAGGUUGCCGUUGGCAACGUGGCUUACGGCUCCGGCCAGCGUGACUCCUUCCUUGCCGACCUGUACGACUUCUCCCGGAAUGGAGUGCAGAACCAACGAGCUUUUGUCCUCCCGACCAUCUCCUACGUCCCAGCCGCGGGGCCUAACGUUACAUAUUCGGCGACGCUGUUCUACAACGACAACAACGAAACCUCUCCCUCCGUACUGCAACAAUUUCUCCCCCCGCAGGUCAUCCCGAAGACCAGCACUUUUGCAACCCGCACUCUGGCUGACUGGUCAGCCGAGGCCGACCAGGGCUUCGACCAGCUUGCCCAGGAACGCGGCCCAGAGAUCAAAGGGUUCAUCUCCACGCUUGCUAUGAACCCUGUCUCACGGUCCUUCAUCGAGACGAACCGGGGGGCUGAUCCGGCUGGCGAUCCUAUGGGUAUUGACAGCGAUGCAGGGCCGUACUUUAUGUGUGAGCAGACCUUUUCUUGGUCGCUCAAUAACGACACUGGCGCCAUUGAGACGCUCAUUGCGGACAUCAACUCAGAGAUGAGCACCAAAUUAGGAGACAAGAUGGUUCCUUUUCUGUAUCUCAACAACCCUGGAAGUGGGCAGGAUGUGUUCAACACGUACAACGCCGCAAAUCUGCAACGGCUAAAGACCAUCAAGGCCAAAUACGACAACGGAGGAGUGUAUACCAGCUUGCUGGUGGGAGGGUUCAAGCUAUGA